AUGCUGCUGUUACUGUGCGCAAUCACUUGUAUAAGUGAUAUUUUUGGGUGCAUUAUCAAGAGGAUGCAGUCGCUGUGUGAGAAAAUGGAAAAGGUCACCGCCAGACCAAACGAACCCAUGGUCACUGCUAACGGAGAGGUCCCAAACGUUAUGGACAUGAUCGCACAAAUAGUACUACCCAAAUUGAACAUAUUCGGAUUGAUUCGCAUGUUCCUGGGACUCGUGGGAGUACUGGUAAACCUCAUUAUGCCGUACUUCCUCCUGAGCAAGUUCACCAAGUACACUAACGCAAGCUACCAGAGGCAGCAUCACUCAUACAGCCCCUUUAUGAUCAUUGACUUUGGGCCUUUCCCAACGUCCGGUGAGGACCUAGCAGCUGAAGCAGCUGAUUCAGACAAGAAGGUGGAAGACAUCCAUGCACUAAAGUCAUUCAACAGGUACAUUGGCUUCAUGGUAGCCAAAGUGGCCGUUAAGGCAAUUUACUCUACCUUCCACGCCGCCAUCAGCCCGAGGAGUUACCUAAAGCAUCACGCUAACAAGGCGAAACCCGCCGAGUUGUCCUAGACACACCUUAAUAUUUCUGUAAAAA